UCCAUUCACAAUCAGUUGGCAGUUGCUGUUUCGCGAAAAACAGAUUGGAGCCCGGAUCACAUUGGAUUCUGAAGGCUAGACAGUGUGGAGGUAGUGGUAAUGGCCGUGCCCAGUGCCUAGUUUUUCCUUGCCUUGCAUUACUGGGGGAGUGGUGAUAAAAUCGGAGUGCAUUUCACGCGUAGGAGUUUCGGUGGCUAAUUUGCUACUGCACCCGAAGAUUUUCCUCUAACUUGGGUGGGUAUUUCAGUUCGUUCGGGAGUGAGGUCCAAGCUCGAGGAAUACGAACGAGCUUAGUGAUAGAGUAGUGUUAUGUGCAGGUGAAGCUCGCGACAAUGAUUAAUCAUUAAUAGACUGAAGGAAAAAUUCGUCAAUCGAGUUUCGGUGAGUCGACGACAAAAAAGCUUCACUUCUCGGUGCCCACGCAGUCAGGAGUGGAGAUAGCCACUUAACUAGUUGAGCAAACAACUGAAAAGACGAAUCACCAUUUCUAGGACCUGCUGUUGUGGAAAUAAAUUUUACUUACGGAAUCGCUGCAGCAUGGCACUGCUGAUCUACAUCUCGGUGGUUCUAUGUUUAGGGGUGGCGUUGGCCACCCAGCACUCUCCCUACUCGCUUCAGGCCGCCGUGGAUGCUCUUCAUCGGCGUGAAGCCCAGCUAGCCCUGCAGGAAGAAGGCAACGGCGAAUCAUUGGACGAUGAAGGAUAUUGGCCCGAACCUUCCGAUGAACAACCCGCAUACCGGCCGAAUCGGCAGCAAUGGAACAAGAUUCUGGCCAGCUAUUUGCGACGAGAUGACGACCUGGACGAGGCUCCGUACGAUCCGUAUGAGCUGGAGGCACGCAAACGGUCCGUUUUCCGCGAAAGGGAUGCCCUUUCCGAACUGCCCCCGUACCCAACCGUGUUUCGGGAGCGCGAAAUGGAAAAAUCAUUCCAACCUCGACCGGAUUUGUCUAAUGAUUUCCUAAAAGAAAUCGACCGCCAGGCCAACAUCGAACGAGAGGCCAAAUAUUUAGAUCAACUGAGACAGCUGUGGGAAAAGUACCAGCAACAGGAAAAUGAAAUCGAGCAGGAGCUGUUCGACGAAGAUCGAGCAGCGGCGGAGGAAGCUGCCCUCGGUGGUCAGUACUAUGAUAAGCGACAAGGCUACCCAACGAUUUCGCAAUCGGAAGCCGCAGCCAUGUACUACGGUCCACCGAUGGAAGAAAGAAAACGGACGCUUCCAUUACUUCCGUGGCUACCGGCGACACGGAAGAAGCGCUUUCCGGUGGCAAAGCGAUCGCCCAAACCGGAAGCUGGAACUUCGGGGACCAACGAAAAGGUAGCCAAAGACUUGCAAGCCUUGUUCGAAGAGCCAGAAGAUAGCAAGAAGAAACGAUCCGCAGAACCGGCGAUAGAUAAGAAGCAAGAGAAGACAAAUGAAACAAAGUCGCAUGGAAAACGAGACGCUAGUGGUGAACAUGGUGACCACGAAGAGCGUAGCUCCGAGGAAGACCACGAAGGCGAUGAUCACGAUCACGAGCAUGAUCAUGAGCACGAUCAUGAUCACGACCAUGACCACGAUCAUGAUCACGAACACGAAUCUAGUGAAGAAUUCGAAGGCGAAGAAGACGACAAAAAGAAGAAGCGAUCGGUUAAGAAACGAUCCAAUCUAGAAGUAGUUAAAGAAGACCAGAUAAUUCCGGGUGAUAUUGGAGAAUUCAAAGCGAAGAAAUCGAUUCAGUGGAAUAAGUACUUCGGUAUUGAUCGUAGGAAAAAGGAUGGCCGAAGCAGUGGUGGAUAUCCGCUAAGUUUCUACAAGACUUACGAUGAAGAACGUAAGAAGAAAAGUCUCAGCCAGGACAAGUUGGACAACAUGGACCGUAAGUUAAAGACGAUCGAGGAUUUAAUUCUGGAUCAGACCGUGAAAUACACAGGGGACCACGAGGGUGGAUUGACUGAACCGGCUGAGCUGCAAAAGCUGAAGGACAAAGUGGUCUCAAGGCUCGCCACUGCUUACAGCAUCGAAAAAAUGCGGCGGACUUUGGACAAACUUAAGGAAUCAGUUGGCGACGAUAUCAAUCCACUGAAGGACAAUGAAAUCGAUACCGACAAACGGGAUGACAAGAAAGAAAAGGCUAAACGUGUCGCGAUCAAAAAGGAGAAGGCUGAAUACGAUCAUGCCGAACACUCGAUGGAACCACCGGAAAAGGUCAGUAAAGACGAGUUCGAUACAAACCCGGAAGAGAUGGACGAUGACAAGAAAAAGAAAAAGAAGAAACGCAUGAGCAAACGUUAUCAGGAAGUAUUUCGCAAUGAUUUCCCAGACUUUGAAGAGGAUCCCGGACACUACACUUCCAUUGGUGACAACUAUGGUAGAAGCUUAGCAGUUGAAACAAAUGAAUGCCCACUUUUGGACGCAUUGGAGCGUAGAUGCAGAGGAGUAGAUGUGCUUAGUGGAGACAUCUAUCAGGAACUGCUGCCCGCCUGUGGAGCACAUCAACUAUGUUACCUAUGCGGAACUCAGCAAAACAUUUGCGACAUCCAAUAUCUAACCGAGGCAGACACCAUCUGCGAGGGUCAGUCCAGCUGCCUUUCGACGGCACGUUCAGCAUUGAUGAUCCUGCGAGGUUUCCCCGGUCCCCAGUUAGGGCCGCGUGAGUGCUCCAAAAAUCCUUGUCUCUACCGAGCCAUGAUCGAGCUCGGUGUCAGUGGAUUGUAAACGCUUUCGACGAUUCUUUGAAUUGAAUGAAUCCAACCAACAAACUUUCACACAACGGUAGUGCUGAGCGGAGGUAUUUUUGUUUUGACUCUUUGUCGUCUACGUUAGAUAUCUGCUAUAAUUGAAACGGAAAAAUGCAGGCCCCCAGUCCGGCUUUAUUCCGAAGUCGCAUAUCCAGCUCUACAGCAGCUCUUUCUAUUCUAUCCCUUACUGAAUGUGUGUCUGUACAAGCAAGUUAAUCUACCAUCAAAUAAAGAUGUUAAUACAAUAAGCGUCUUUGGGAAUGGAAUUUACUAGACUACUAAUUUCACUUUUGUGAAGCUUUUCAACGAAUACGAGGUAAAUUAAGUUUGAGGAUUAUUUGCUAUUUUUUGGCCAACAUGAAACCACUGUUAAAAAUGAGAUUAUUUCUAAUUAUGUACUAAAGAAAUCUUGCAAAUAUUCAUAGUUUGGUAUAUUUUUGUAAUAAAAAGUGUUAUUCAUAUAUGUAUUAGAACUCGAAGAUGGAAACUAUGCUAUAAAACCUAUUGUAAACACUUUAACAAUUUUAAAAUAUAAAUAAGUGUAAUAGUGUGUAAUAACAUAAAAAUCAAUGAAGUGUAACCAAAGAAACCCAAUAAACAAAUGCAUUCAACACAGAUUUCUCAUUAGGUUGGUCCUUAUUACCCAGACGAAUCCUCAUUCGACAGAGAAACUAAACGAAAUAAGUCAGACAAUAAAUUUCGAAACAAACCCAGACGACAGAACCAGCAUUAUAUGCAAGCCGAAGAAGGAGAACAAAAACUAAAAAUAUGAAAUGUGAGCAGCUAUAGUCUUUGAAUUGCACUUUGAAAACCAAAUGAGAGAAAAACGUAUGAGAUUGAAAAUAACUACCUAAUUAUGUAAGCUUCAGUUUCACUUUCCAAGUAUUAUAGAAGAAACUGAAAUAUUUAAAACAUUCCCAAAUAUUGGAACGCAUUGAAAAUGUACUGUGGCAACACUUUGAAAGUAUUGAUGUUUGGGUAAAUAUUUAAACAAAAAAUCUACCAUGUUAGUUAUAAAUAAUACAUGAAACACUUAUGGGUCAUAGGUAUUUAAAUCAUUGAAUAUAAAUCCUGAUACGGAAGACAAGUGAAUCGAAUAUUUGAUUAUACAAAAGUAAAAAAUCACAAACAUACACUCUCACAAAGCAAACAAAGAUAAAUCGAAUAAAAGUCUAAAGUAUAAAUGAAAUGUAGU